AUGUCCGUUGUCAGCUUAAACAGAAUGUUCCGGGGGAAGAUUCGCACCAACACCUGCCGUAUCGUAGUGCUCACCUCACUCGUGUGGCUGCUGAUCGAUGUGAUACUGAUAGUGAAAUAUGCCGACUGUCCCAGUACCGGUGGCGGGUCAAGCUGGCUCUGCAAACGGAACGGUGACGGCUAUGAUGUAGAGGUGCCAAAUGCAGCCCGACAGUCGCAGCAACAACGCCGGGCGGCUGCCCCCGAGGACGACGAUCCCAUCGUGGACGCGGAGGAGAUUGACACCAACUCGAACAACUUCGGCGACCCGGGCGGCUACGGUGGCGGCGGCGGCGGCGGGGGUCGCGAUGCCGACAGUUCAAUGCCUCGCACGUACCGGCCGCAGGAGCUGAAGAAGUGGCGGCAGGCACCAACGGUCGCCGAAAACUAUGGUCGUCCCGGUGAAAUGGGUAAACCAGUAAAAAUUCCAGCGAACCAGCAGGAGCUGAUGAAGGAAAAGUUCAAAGAAAAUCAAUUCAAUCUCCUCGCCAGUGACAUGAUCUGGCUGAAUCGAUCGCUCACCGAUGUGCGCCAUCACGACUGCAAAAAGAAACACUACCCGGCGAAGCUGCCAACGACCUCCAUUGUGAUCGUGUUCCACAACGAAGCCUGGAGCACGCUGCUCCGCACGAUAUGGAGUGUGAUAAAUCGGUCGCCCCGGCCACUGCUGAAGGAAAUCAUCCUCGUCGAUGAUGCGAGCGAGCGGGAACAUUUGGGCCGCCAGCUGGAAGAGUACGUCCGGACGCUGCCGGUACCGACGUUCGUCCUCCGGACCGGCAAACGGUCCGGUCUGAUCCGUGCCAGACUGCUCGGUGCCAAACACGUUAAGGGGCAAGUGAUCACAUUCCUGGACGCGCACUGCGAAUGUACCGAGGGCUGGCUGGAGCCACUGUUGGCGCGCAUCGUGCUGGACCGCAAGACGGUCGUCUGUCCCAUCAUCGACGUGAUAUCGGACGAAACGUUCGAGUACGUGACGGCGUCCGACCAGACGUGGGGAGGCUUUAACUGGAAGCUAAACUUCCGCUGGUACCGUGUGCCGGCGCGGGAAAUGCAGCGACGCAAUCACGACCGCACGGCACCGCUGCGGACGCCCACGAUGGCCGGUGGACUGUUUUCGAUCGAUCGGGACUACUUCUACGAAAUCGGCUCGUACGACGAGGGCAUGGACAUUUGGGGUGGCGAAAAUCUGGAAAUGUCAUUCCGGGUCUGGAUGUGCGGUGGUACGCUCGAGAUUGCGCCCUGUUCCCGCGUGGGCCACGUUUUCCGGAAGUCGACGCCGUACUCGUUCCCGGGCGGCACCUCGCAGAUAGUUAACAAAAACAAUGCACGGCUCGCCGAAGUGUGGCUCGAUGGUUGGAGUGAAUUUUACUACAACAUUAACCCAGGUGCCCGGAAAGCAUCCGCAGGUGAUGUCAGUGAGCGACGGGCGCUUCGAGAGCGUCUGAAGUGCAAGAGCUUCCGAUGGUAUCUGGAAAACAUCUACCCCGAAAGUCAAAUGCCACUGGAUUACUACUUCCUUGGCGAGAUUCGCAACGUGAAAACGCACAACUGUCUCGACACGAUGGGCCGCAAGUCGAAUGAAAAGAUUGGCAGCAGCUACUGUCACGGGCUGGGCGGCAACCAGGUGUUUGCGUACACGAAGCGUCACCAGAUCAUGUCGGACGACAACUGUCUCGAUGCGUCGAACGCGCUCGGACCGGUCAAUCUGGUCCGGUGCCACGGGAUGGGCGGCAAUCAGGAGUGGAUCUACGACGAUGAGGAAAAAACGAUCAAGCACGUUAACAGUGGCAACUGUUUGACGCGCGCAUCGGAGGACGACCCAUCGACACCGCUGUUGCGGCCGUGCAACUACUCCGAAGGCCAGCAGUGGCUGAUGCAGUCCAAGUUCAAGUGGCAGGCACACCACAGCGACAACCGUAUCGGUGAGGACAGAUAAGACGCACUGUACCGUGUUCGAUCCGGUGUCGUACUGCGCCCGUCCCGCCAGCGGCAAACCGGCACCAUCGAACGGUACGGAAGCAACAUCGGUAGCAGUGGCAGUAGCGAUAGCAGCAGUAGUAGCAGCAGCAGCAGCAGCAGCCGAAGCCGUAACAGCAGCAGUAACCACAACUAUCAAGCAACUAUCAAGCGUGCACACACGGGUGGUGUCGGUAUGAUGCCAACAAACCGUUGAAUGCAUCGAUCAAACCACUGUGCAGCAGUGUAGGUGAUGUAAAAUUUGUACGGGAAAUAAUACGACGAACUCCCGAACUCGUCCUGCCAUUUGUAUUCCCCUGGUGUUCCUGGUGCCGUGACACGGGUAACUAGUGUGAAGCGUGGAGAGAGGGAAUGUAUCAUUAUGACAGGACACUAGACUCCCUCUCCUCGCUUUUAUCCCUGCCAAUAGUCUGUCUGUCAGCGGGCGCUAUCAAAAGGCCCAACGAAAGUGCGGGCAGCCGUUACAGCACGUCCGUCUCCUGUGAGAAUUCCAUUUUUGUAGUAUAAUUUUUAUUCGCACCUGCACCGGUUGCUUUCAGUCUGACGGUGUACGUUAAGCACAUAGAUUUUAAUGGUCCAAUUGUUAUUGUUUGUCGCACACUUGUAAUUGUUUGUUUAACGUUGUUUCUUGUAUUGGAUCUUUCAGUUCGGAGCAGCAUUAAGCUUAGAUUUCUUUGAAGCUGCUGUAACUAGAUUACUGUCGUUUUGAGAUUUUGUUUUCUUAUAUAAGUACCAACAAACUCCAACCAGGAAGUCGAAGAAAAUUAAUACACACACACACAAACAAAAAAUACAUAUCAGUUUGUAGUGAAGCACGCACCAGCCCACUCUAAAUCCUUUUUUUUUGCAACGCUUAGGCUAAUUGUUUUAUCAGUUACCUUUUUUAUGUUUUAUUCCAUGUGUUAUUAAGGAAUGGUGCGAUAGACCCUCCCGGGAAGAAGAGAAAACAAAAACUUUAACAAACAAAAAACCGCAAUGUUGGACCAUUUGCAUUUAUAGAAAGCAUGCGCAUAGUGAGAGUGAAUGUGUCGGAUGAUGGGGGAAGAAGAAAAGUGGCAACAGGCACGGAAUUGAUGAUCGCCGCUUUUCCACAGCAUUAAGCGUCUUAUUAAGCGGACGAAUAAUCGCUUCAUAAU